AUGAAUUUAGUAAUUCGUCGCAGUAUACGUCGGCAGGUUCAACGUUAAAACAAAAUAUAAAAACAAGUCAAAAUCAAUUUGGCAAUUAAAUUGUCAAUCAAAAUAUUUUUUCAUAACUUUUUUUGACAAGUUAUACAAUCAUUUAUAUUCUUUUAUAUCUUUUAUUCCCAUUUAUAUAUAUUUUUAAUUUAUAUAGCAAUGUCGUCAAAACACAAACGAAUCCCAACAACUUAUCGAAGAUCUACAGCGGUUUUUGCGAAUUCUUCAACUACUGAUUCAAUGGCAAUACAUCCACCUAACAAGUUGCGAAAAACGAAAAUAAAGAGCACUGGUCCAAAGACACCAAUCAUUCGACCAAAAACCAUUCUGGAAAGGAUUUUUGGUUCCAAAAAGUUUGUUAAAGAUCAUUACUUCUCAUCUGGAACAAAAAUUAAUGAGAGCAAUGUGAGGGAUCUAGUUAAAGAGGCGUCGCCCUUUAAAUAUCCCGAUGAUUUGGAUGUGUUUUCGUACAAAUUAAUGGCUAAGACUUGGUUAUCAUCAAAUCGUACCAAGGAAAUGAACCUAAAGUAUAAUGAGCGGUCAAACUACACGGUACGACAAAGUAAAGAUGUCCUCAAUCGACUGUUUGUGGAGUCCGCAAAUGUGAAAUGCAAUACAACUAUUUUGGAUAUUGAUCCGGAGUUUUAUUCAAUUGUGAGUGGACGUCCAAUCACCGUGAAAUUCAAUUUGCAAGAGUACAUGAACACAGCAAGGGAUAUUUUACGGACCAAAAUCGUCACUGGUUAUCGUAUGGAUGACGCAUUACUAAUUGAAGAAAACUUAUUGGAAGAACAAAAUAUGAUUGAAGAAAUCACUACGCAAUACAUGCUGUAUUUAUCGUCUUUUGAAGAAUAUUUAGCAAAAGAUCACGAAACUUCUAUGGAGUUGUUAAGAGCAAGCGAAUCUGAAGGAAAUAAAUCCUAUGAAAAAUACGAGGCAUAUCGAGACGUUGCUAAAGAACUUGGCUUGUUAAAAAGUCAAGUCUCAAAUCUGGAAGAAAAAUGGCGCAAUGCAAAAACAUAUCAAAAGUUUCUCUACAUGGUGAGUCCGAUGUACUGGCGCAAACAAUUCGACUUUUAUCACAUGGCCAAAAAGGAAGACGACCAGGAAAUCGAGAUCAUUGAUUCUUUAGUGGAGCUUGAACAAACAACGGCUGCUAUUGAAUACCGUUCGCUGGAUAAUAUUAUUCGAGACUUUCUGAAGGAUUACGAACAUCCAGAGGAGCCACUUUUAUUUUUUAAUGAACCCAGCGAAUUGAAUAAAAUAUUUCGUUUCAUUGAACUGCAAAAUCUCAACUCUCUACUGCACUCAGAGGAGUUGGCAGUUCCACUAGACACUCUUCGAGAAAAUAUGGCUGCCACCAAAGCCGAAUCCAAUAAACAAAUUGCGGAUUUAAAGGAGAUCACUAGUAAUCUUGAGGGUGAGAUUGUAUGGGAAGAGGAACGUGCCAUCACACUGGAGGCACUUGCUCGUGAGUUGAUCAAUGGCGAGUUUCGACGAUUGAUCUGUGACGGGAGUAUUUUGAAUCUGCUUGUAAUGGUCGAAGACGUGUACGAGGCACGCGUCGCAGCCAAUGAUGCCAAUCUUUCAGCGUACGAAAUGAUGAAAGCUGUCGAGAUCAAGUAUCGCGAGCAUUUGUUGAAGUUGGAUUAUAUGCCUUAUGAUAAGGUACACAAGGCGGAGAUGGAGUGUUAUGCUGAACAGGCAAAAAUAAUGAAGGUUGCCGAGGACGCGUCUCGGAAGGUGGUGCAAAUUGAUCGACUUGUUAAACGUCUGAGGAGAAUAUUGGAACCUCCGGCAGAACAUCGUACUAGAGGUGUGAAGAAGAGGUCUAUGUUACACCGUCCGCAGUUGCAUGAAAUUCAUAUGGAUCAGCCAAUUACUGCUGAGGAAGCGGAGUAUUUUUAUCUUUUUACUGAUUUUUGUGAAGGAACUGAUAAUAUCAAGGAAUACAGAGAGAUUAGACAAAAGGAGCAGGAGAUUGAGGAACAAUUAUUAUUGGAACAAAAAAUGCAAGUUGCAUUUGAUGCGGAUGAAGCAGCAUUGGUCGAUUUGAAUCUGAAAUAAUUUCUUCCCCAUCUGAUUAAUCUUUUGCAGUGAAAAGGUUGUUAGGUAUUUUGCAACAUAUUGAUAAAUUAUUUGCGUGUUUUAUAAAUCUUAAACCACCAACCUACGGGUAAUUAGUUACGAUGUUGAAUGAGCACUCAAUAGGAAAUGUGAAUUGGUAAAUUAAACAGCAUUAAAUGUUCACAAACCAUUUGAACAAAGGAGCGGAUUUCCGGAUACUGGAUGGUGUAGCGACAAUCGUUAAUGCGGAACCAUGCGGCAAGCAUUAACCAAAACAGGAAAACAGAGCUGAUUGUUUCGAUAGUAAUCACAACAUCACAGUAUUUGAUCAGAUAUUGAUUGUUAUGUAAAGGAAUAUUUGACAAAGUUGUGUGAUUAAUAUCUAAACAAUUAUUCAUAUUUUCUGUUUUUAAAUUUGUUGGACUGGAAACUGGAGCUGCUUACGGUUUACCAUUUUAUUAUGCUAGUUAAAGGGAUCCGAAACCUUUGGAUUGAUUGAUGAAAUUUAGUGUGUGUAUUGUUAUAUUAUAGCUUAACAAAACCUUCA